CAAACAUGUGAGUGACGCACAGCGCGUUCGAGCUGUCAGGUUGACGGACGGAAGACUGGGUCAGUCAGGACAUGGACAUACCGAGCUACACAGCCUCCAUAAAUUACUGACUCACGUUAACAUCGUUUUCCCCCCUCUCCGGUACCGUACUAAAAUACGACGGUAGCAUGAGUGAGACUUUGCUAGCGGGCCGGUUUACAGUGAACCUACGAGGCUAAGGGAAAGACGCACUGGCUGAGAGAGGUUGAAGACGUUCUCCUCUGGCUUUGUUCGUCUGCUGUUAGUAUGAGUGAAGCAGGUGUUUGUGACUCUCUUAUGUGAUUGAUGUGACUUCAUUGCUGUUGUGUAACCAGACCUUACUGAGAUUACCACUCCUUGUCCAAAACAGCUGAGUUUGUGCACUGGUGACGUCCACCAUGUUUUGGAAGUUUGAUUUGCACACGUCGUCUCACCUGGAGGCUUUACUGGACAAGGAGGAUGUCACGCUCACUGAGCUUAUGGAUGAGGAGGAUGUGCUGCAGGAGUGCAAGGCUCAGAACAGGAGACUUCUCCUGUUCUUAUGCCAGGACCCAUGCAUGCAGGAACUGGUCUAUAUGAUUACUACAGAGCCCCCUGCUGGUUUAGAGGAGACCAAACGCUUCAAGUAUUCAAAUAUAGCAUGUGAGCUGUUGACAUGUGACGUGGGAGUGAUCAAUGAUAAGCUGGGUAAUGAGGAGCCUCUGCUGGAAACUCUGUAUGCCUUCCUGGAGCAACCGUCCCCACUUAACCCCCUCCUGGCAUCGUUCUUCAGCAAGACGAUUGGGAACCUCAUCACACGGAAGACUGAGCAGGUGAUUAGUUUCCUGCGACGGAAAGAGGGAUUCCUUUCCUUGGUCCUGAAGCACAUUGAUACAUCAGCCAUGAUGGAUGUGCUCCUACGACUUAUCAGCUGUGUGGAGCCACCACUGCUGCGGCUGGAGACUCUAACUUGGCUGAAUGAUAAGAAGCUGGCCCAGAGACUCAUAGAGCUCAUUCACCCUGAAAGAGAUGAAGAGAGGCAGUCCAAUGCAUCUCAGACUUUGUGUGACAUCAUACGUCUGAGCAGAGACCAGGCCAAUCAGCUCCAAGAGCUUUCACAGCCUGACCCUCUGCUGACUGUGCUGGAGUCACAGGAGUGUGUGCAGCAGUUGUUGCAGAAUAUGUUCUCAGGAGAGAGGACUGAGAGCUGUAUUGUCAAUGGGAUUCAAGUACUUCUCACCUUGCUGGAGAUCAGGAGGCCUGUGGUGGACGGUGUAAUGGAUGCUCAGGGAUUUGAGAGAAGUUACACUGUUAACAGCAGCAUUCUGUUGGCCAUUGAACCACAUCUGGUACAUUUCCACCAGCUACUUCUGGAGCCACCGAAGAGAAGUCCUAUGCUGACUACCCUGGGUGUGCUGGAGGAACCACUGGGAAACACUCGUCUCCAUGUAGCCAGACUAGUUGCCUCUCUGCUAUAUACCAGCUCUGCUAGCCAUGCAGUCGUAGCACAGGAACUCUGCAGACUCAACACGAUGGACCUCCUGCUGGACUUGUUCUUCAAGUACACAUGGAACAACUUCUUGCACCUCCAAGUGGAGCUUUGCGUUGCAGCCAUACUGCGGCCCUGUGCCCAUGAAAUGAGACUUCAGACUUGCUUGGGGUCCCAGGAUAAACUCAAGCCUCAACAGGAUGCAUCACAAGAGCAGACUUUGACCGAGACGGCCACAUCUGAACCUUCAGACACCCCUGAAAACUCUGCUCAUACAUUAAUGGUGACUCAUUUGUUUCAGCACUGCCACCUUGUCCAGAGGAUUCUUGAGGCUUGGGAGGAGAAUGAUAAAAUACAGUCAGAAGGUGGUAUGAGAAGAGGGUACAUGGGACAUCUGACCAGAAUUGCUAACACAGUUGUCCACAACCUGGAGAAAGGUCCGGUUCACAUGCAGAUUAGUAACCUCAUCACAGAUUUACCAGAAGACUACAGAGGACGCUGGGAAACCUUUGUGGACCAGACUCUGUCAGAGACGAAUAGGAAGAACACCAUAGACCUGGUCGGCACAGGAAACCCACGUCCUUCCUCAGAGGAUGACAUGGAGAGCCCCUUCCCCAAAGAACUGACACUACAGCAGGCUUUUUCGGACUACCAGAUUCAGCAGAUGACCGCUAACUUUGUGGAUCAGUUUGGCUUCAAUGAUGAGGAGUUCACCGAUCAUGACGACAGCAUUGGAGCGACAUUUGACCGGAUUGCAGAAAUAAAUAUCAACAUUGAUGCAGGCCAGGACAGUGCUAACACAGCUGUGUUUGAGGCCUGUUCCAAGGAGAGGAUUCAGCCCUUUGAUGAUGAUGAAGAGGACAUUUGGGAGGAGAAAGUCACUAACUAUGCAACACAAAUAAAGUCCCGAAACAGGUUUGGUGGGUCACAGUCCUCUCAGAGCCCAGCAGCCACUGAAGCCUCUGACAGAACAGCAGGCUCAGACUCAGAGGAAGAAGAGGAGCCCAAAGAUGAGCCAGAUCCUUUCUCAAGCCAAGGCCAGACUGAAGCGGCAAAGACCACCAGCUGGAUAGCAGACUUUGGGGAGGUGAACUCCAAAGCCCCAGCAGCAGGAGCGACUUUUGCAGCGUGGGACACUCCAGUCUCACAACCAGCUGCCACAAAUGCAGAGGAGAAAGGCUGGGCCAAGUUCACAGACUUCCAGCCAUUUUGUUGCUCUGAAACAGGUCCCAGAUGCAGUUCUCCUGUGGACUCAGAGCUCAGCGGAUCACACAACACCAAACCAAACCAGAACCCAUGUGUGUGGAGUGUGUGUGUGGCAAGAAAGGCUCCGCUGGUGGCAUCUGACAGCUCCUCGUCCAGCAGCUCCGACAGCGACGAGGAAGAAGGAAAGACGACGUCUACAUCCAGUGAGACGGUCACCAUGGAGACAAUCACCACUGGCACGGGCAAGGAGACCAUCCAGCUCACCAUGGAUGCUAAACACGAGAGGGCAGUCUUCACCAGAAUAUUCAGACCCGCAGUCAGAUGUGAAGUGGGUAAGGUGCCAGUAGCGGGGAUCUCUGUAGAAGAUACAGGGAAACACCAUGAGAAGGACACUAAAGUAGGAAAGAAACAUGGAGACUGUACCAACCCAACUACUGCCAGUUUAUCCACCCAGGCUGCCUCCACACGAGAGAAGGAGCCCUCUGCUAAUGGACCAGCCUAAUGAUGCCAUAGAGGGACACACACACGCGCGCACACACACAAUUGUGUGCAUCUCCAGUUCAUUCAACACAUAGCCAUGGCCAUGACUCCUCCGCUUCCUGUUAGCAGCUCUUCAUUUCCCUUUUUCUGUGUCCAAAGGAAGAUCCCAAAUGUCAAACAGCUCUGAACAGUAUGUAUGAUGGAUUCCACAGACACACACGUGGGAUGACUCUGUCUCCACUGCACUUAAGGAAUCAGGACAUAAUUAAACCUGGUGCACUUCAGAGGAGAAUGUGCAUCUUGAAUAACUUUUGCCAGACACCUGGCAGCCAAAUUGUGUUACAUACAAAUUUUUGGGAAGUAAGACACUGAGUGUCCGAGUGCCGGCUAUAGUACUUUAAUCUCAAGAAGGUUUUGAUCUUUUUAUGAAUUCAGCUUCAGAAUAUUAGUUUGUUCUAAAUCACAGCCCAGUGGACUUUUUCUAGAAAUAAGCAUUUGACUGUUUACACUUUGGUAAAGGAAUUAUAAUGAAAUUAUCAGCCAAGAUUACAAAAGCCAAGUUGCUUGCAAAACUCCUAGCUGCCACAGAUUAGUGCUACUGUGCAAAUUAUAAUCAUUUGGCUCC